AUAGAUAGAUAGAUAGAUAGAUAGAUAGAUAGAUAGAUAGAUAGAUAGAUAGAUAGAUAGAUAGAUAGAUAGAUAGAUAGAUAGAUAGAUUGAUUGAUUGAUUGAUUGAUUUCUGCUAUUCCAAACAAUUAUGUAGUUUGGGUUGUAAAGUUGUGCUAUGAUAAAUUUGAAUGAAAUCAGGGUUUCCAAGGUUUCUCUCAUCAUUUAUUUUUUUUAUGAAAGUUCCAUACAAAUUUAAUCGAGAAGAGAACCACUUUCACACUGAGCUUAAUUCUGUCUGAAUUCUUCAGGUCGCUCUUUCUGAAAACAGAUUGAAUGCAGCUUCAAGUACAUUUACAGAGGCUCGGCUCUUAGGCACAUCACGGCCAAAGCGCCGGUUGUAGAAGCUGAGCAUCUGCAAUCAUUUCAAACCAAUUACACAAACAAACAACAAGUGAAAGUAUUUAUGAGUAUGACAUGGUAAUGUUUAAAAUCCUUUAAAUUAAAAAUAUAAAUUUUCUUCCCGCACCAGCUGCAAUUCAGUUUUUCUCCUCUUCCUUUGUGAACUGAAAUAUCUGUGUGAACAAAAUAUUUAUCCUUAGAUAUCAGAAACUGUAUUUUUUUUUCUUUCUUCAACUGUUUGCAUUCAUUAUGUGUGUCUAUCUUGUAUUACAAACCGUACAUCCUAGCAAGUGAUUAAUGUGUGAUUUAAAAUCAGCAUAUUUCAAUCAUUAGUGAGCACAUUGCUCCUGCUCUUAACUCCUGCACCUACCGAUUUUGGGGAUUUGUCAUGAGUAAUAAAAGUGUCAGAAGAAUACUUGGUCAGGGUUUUAGGUAGUUCUCAUGCUAAAGGGUCAUGAACAAGCCACAGCUUGAGCCAUGAUUAUAUAAAUACUUAAAUAAAGGGGACAUUUUAAAUCUAAACUCUACUCCUAUAAACCCACAAUUCACUAUGAGACACUCGAUACUUAACAAUGGCAUUCAGAAUCACAAGAUCUGUCUAUUUAAAUGGAUCCAGGAUGCUAUUUAAUGUCAUUAUGAUAUGAAAGAUUUGACAGAUGAAAUAAUGUUGUUAUUAAUACUUGAUGUACAUGUUAUAAUAACAUGCUUUGUUCAAAUUAUGUUCUAAUAGAGAAUUUGCAGAGGUGCAGUAUUACCCUACAGCACCAGGUUCCAGGUAAUAUGGAUCACUCUAAGACUGACCACUUCAGUGGAUCUCCACAAUUCAAAAAGUGUGAAACACAGAUUAAUAGAUCAGACUCAUCAGUACCCAGCUUUGUGUCUCUAAAAAGCGAUAAAUCUAUGACUUUAGAAAUAACAUUUAAGGAGAAGAGAGAAUCUACACCAGGAGAUGGUGUCUUGAUGCAAGCAAGAGAGAAAACAAAUAGGAAGAAUAUAAUUACAGAUGCAGGGUGUAUUUCUGUAACCACUGAAUCUUAUCUUCAUGGAGCAUGCAAAACAAAUCUGAUAAUGAAGUUGCAGCAUAUGAAUGAGGUAAUUACAGAACACGGAAACCCCGCACUUUUCAAUGAGAUCUACACCGAGCUUUGCAUCACUGAAGGAGAAAGUGAAAAAGUCAAUAGAGAACAUGAGGUGAGACAGAUCGAGGAAGCAUUCAGAAGAACAGCAAGAGAGGAAAGACCUAUUAAUUGCAAUGACAUUUUUAAGCCCUUAUCUGAAAAAGGCAAAUCCAUCAGGAGUGUUCUGACAAAGGGAGUUGCAGGAAUUGGGAAAACGAUCUCUGUGCAGAAAUUCAUUCUUGACUGGGCCGAAGGAAAAACAAAUCAGGAUGUUAAUUUCAUAUUUCCAUUUCCCUUCCGAGAACUCAAUUUGAUGAAGGAUCAAAAACUGUGUCUGAUGGAGCUUCUUCAUUUCUUUUUUCAAGAAAAUCAAGAAACAAACAUUUCCAGCUUGGGCAAAAUACUCUUUAUCUUUGAUGGUUUGGAUGAGUGUUGUUUCCCUAUGGAUUUCCAGAACACAGUACAAAUUUGUGAUGUAAAUGAAUCAGCAUCAGUGCAUGUGCUGCUGAUAAACCUGAUCAAAGGGAACCUGCUUCCCUCUGCUCUCAUCUGGAUCACUUCACGUCCAGCAGCAGCUGAUCAAAUCCCUUCUGAUUGUGUUGAUCGGAUCACAGUGGUACAAGGAUUUAAUGACCCAGAGAAGGAGGAAUAUUUUAAGAAAAGAAUCAGUGAUCUGAGCCUGAGCAACAGAAUCAUCGCACAUCUAAAGUCAUUAAAAAGCCUUUACAUCAUGUGCCACAUCCCAGUCUUCUGCUGGAUUUUAGCCACUGUUCUAGAGAGAAUGUUGGUUAAGGCAGAGUGUGGAGAGAUCCCUAAGACACUGACUCAAAUGUACACACACUUUCUCAUCAUUCAGACAAACAUCAUAAAGAAAAAGUACAAAAUGAGCAGUGAAGCAGAUAUGGUUCUGAAGCUGAGUAAACUGGCAUUUAAGCAGUUGAUUAAAGGCAACAUGAUCUUCUAUGAAAAAGAUCUGAUGGAGUCUGGCAUUGAUGUAAAAGAAGCAUCACUGUAUUCAGGUGUGUGUACACAGAUCUUUAGAGAGGAGUUUGGACUUCACCAAUGUAGAGCAUAUUGCUUUGUACAUCUGAGCAUUCAGGAGCAUCUUGCAGCUCUGUAUGUGCACCUGACAUUCAUGAAUGAAAAGAGAAAUAUUCUUCAGGGUCUGUUGUCUAAAAUGUUGACGCUGCUAAAACAAGUCAGAAUCUCAGAUGUACACAAGUGUGCUGUAGAUCAGGCUUUACAGAGUAAAAAUGGAAGUCUGGAUCUUUUCCUACGAUUCCUUCUGGGUUUCUCUGUGGAGUCCAAUCAGAGCCUCUUACAAACCAUUCUGAGACAAACAGGAAGUAGUUCCCACAGUACGCAGGAAACAGUUCAUUACAUCAAGAAGAAGAUCAGAGAAAAUCCCCUAACAGAGAAAUCAAUUAAUCUUUUCCACUGUCUGCAUGAGCUGGAUGAUGAUUCUCUAGUUAAGGAAGUCCAACACCACCUACAAUCUGGACAAUUUCAACAAAGGGAACUUUCUCCUUCGCAGUGGUCAGCUGUGGUUUUUGUGUUACUGACAUCAAUUCAGGAAAAUGAUUUUGUUCUUAAUAAAUAUACCAAUAAACAUUGUACAUCGGAUGAAGUUCUUCUGAAGCUUCUGCCUGUGGUUUCAGCAUCCAGACGAGCUGAAUUUAUUCAUUGUGAUCUAAAUGAGAGAAGUUAUGCUCUUUUGGCCUCAGUGCUUAGCUCUGAAUCCACCAGUUUGAGAGAACUGGAUAUGUCUAGGAAUGUGGUCAGAGAUUCCAAAGUGAAGUGUCUCUCUGCAGGACUGGGAAAUCCUCACUGUAAACUGGAGACAUUGAGGUUGUGUGCUUGUGCUAUCUCAUUUGAAGGCUGUGCUGCUCUCUCUUCAGCUCUGAGAUCCAACCCUUCAUAUCUAAAAGUCCUGGAUCUCUCUGAAAAUAAACUCAGAGACACAGGACUGAAAUGUUUCUGCACUGUGGUGAAAAGACCUGCUUGUAAACUGAAGACACUGAGGUUGCGUGAUUGUGGUAUUUCAGAUGAUGGAUGUGCUGAUUUGACUUUAGCACUGAUAUCAAACCCCUUACACCUCAGAGAACUGGACCUGACUGGAAAUAAAUUUAAAGACUCUGGAUUAAAAUGGCUCUUUGCUGUACUGAAGAAACCUGACUGUAAACUGGAAACUUUGAGUUUGUGCGGUUGUGGCAUAUCGGAUGAAGGCUGUGCUGCUCUGGCAUCAGCUCUAAGAUCCAAUCCCUCUCACCUGAAAGAGCUGGAUGUAUCUUGGAAUAAACUCAAAGACUCUGGAAUGGAGUAUCUCUCUUCUGUACUGUGGAAUCCUCAUUGUAAGCUGGAAACCCUGAAGUUGCGCAAUUGUGCUAUCUCAGAUGAAGGCAUUGCUGUUCUGACUUCAGUUCUGAGCUCAAACCACUCAUGUCUGAGAGAACUUGAUCUGUCAAGAAAUCAACUGAGAGACGCAGGAGUAAAGUGUCUCGCUGUGGGACUGAAGAAUCCUCAUUGCAAACUGGAGACACUGAGGUUGUGUGAUUGCCAUAUCUCAGAUGAAGGGUGUGCAGCUCUGACAUCAGCUCUGAAAUCAAAAACUUCACAUCUGAGAGAACUGGAUCUGACUGGAAAUGACCUCAGAGACUCAAAAUAUAAGCUGCUUUUCAAUCUUAAACUAAAAGAUUUAAGUUCAGUUUUUGGCUGUGAAGAAUUUUCAGCUGAUGAAGACUGCAGAGAAGAUUAAAGGCUCUUCUCUGCUCUGGCACUAAAAUGGUAGAACGAACUUUCCCUAGAUGUCUGAACAGCGAAGUCCCUGGCUAUCGUUAAGUGACGGUUGAAGACCUACCUCUUCCUGAAUUACUUAACCCUCUGGAGUCUGAGGUGUUUUUGGCUUCUUGAGAGAUUUUGACAUGCUCUUACAUUUGGUUCUUUUUAGUUGCUUUUAAAAUAUAUUA